UUGAUAUAUAAAUGUGGUUACAAAACAAAAAGGUUGAACAAUAAAUUUAAAACUUAAAAUGUUCUAAAAUGUAACACUUAAUUUGAACAUGAGUCUGCGUCACGUCAAGUGGCAAGCCUCUAGUGUUAUGAGUCUGCUUAAUUUAACACUUAAUUUGGAUAUGAGUCUGCUUCACGUCAAGUGGCAAGCCUUUACUAUAAAUAAAUAACCCUAAAACCCUCUUGCCAUGACAAAUUCGAGCAAAAAAAGAAACACGGAAAAAAAUGAAUAAUAAAGCAUUUUUCUUUCUUCUCCUCUCCCUCGUCCUCCUCCCACUCUACGCGUUUGCGGUGGUGAGUGUUGGCGGCUGGAGUCCCAUCAGCGAUGUUAAGGACCCUCAUGUUGUAGAGAUCGGCGUAUUCGCCGUCUCCGAGUACGAUAAACAGAGCAAGUCAGGACUCAAGUUCGUGACAGUUGUUAGCGGCGAGUCUCAGGUAACCGCAGGUACUAAUUACCGGCUUAUGGUGACGGUGGAUGGCAGCAUAGGAGUUGCUGGCGCUGGUGUGAGCAAGAAGUACGAGGCGAUUGUAUGGGAGAAACCGUGGCUGAAAUCGAUGAAUCUCACUUCUUUCAAGCCCACCGUAUAAUGGCAUUUUCUCUGGUUUUUCCAUAUGUGACAGAUCUUAUAAAACAACAAAAAAAAAGAAAGAAAUUAUUGUCAGUUAAUGUAUGACUAUCUGGUUUUCAAGUUUCAUGUUGUAACGGUAAAGAAAGAGUGUGAUGCAGAUUGCAGACGAAUAAAUGAUACUAUAUUGACACAUCCGC